GUUUAUCGUAUUUUAACAAAAAAAAAAGGCGAGACUUCUUCUUUAUAUCUGUUAUUUCGAUUUCUCUUUCUUCCUUCCUUUAUAUAUUAUUAUUUAUUUUACAGCUAAAUGGGUACUAAAUUAUCAACAUUAUCAAAAAAAUCAAGACAUAGUAUGGCAAGCUCAAAUAGUAAUUUGUCUACAACUACUAAAAAAUCAUUUAAACAUAACGACGAAAUUCAUAAACAGCCUUUACCUAAUUCAAAGCAUAGUCAUGAUAAUGAAAGUUGUUUAUCAGAAUCAAGUAUAAAUACAGCUGGAAGAUCAUUUCAUCAUGUAUCUAAUUCUGCAUAUUGGCUGCCAAAUGAUAAUGAAGAAAUGGAUAGACUAGUUGGUCAACAUUUUGCAAUAAAGUCAUUAUUUGGCGGUAAUAUCAUGAAUUGCAUAUCAGAAUCAAUUGAGAUAGAAUAUAAGAACAAUAUAGUAUUAGAUUUAGGCUGUGGACCUGGUACUUGGUUAAUGGAUGUUGCAACAGAAUAUCCAACAAGUCAAUUUAUUGGAGUAGAUAUGUGCGACAUAUUUCCAAGUAACAUUAGACCUCCUAACGUGAGUUUCCAAACUGGUAAUGCCCUAGAACGGUUACCAUUUCCAGAUAAUACGUUUGACCUUGUCAACGUAAGAUUAUUUAUUCUUGCGCUUAUGAAAUAUGAAUGGUCAACUGUGAUUAAAGAGAUAUAUAGAGUAUUAAAACCAGGAGGCUUUGUACAAAUGAUUGAAUGUGGUAUGCUUGAAAGAGGGAAUGAAUUUGUAAAAUAUUGUAGUAGAAUCUUUGAAGAUGUUAUAGAUAAUCGUGGACAAGAUCCUUAUAUUAUGUACAAGUUGGAAUCAUUACUAGAAAGUAAUCAUUUUUAUAUUUAUCAUUUCGAAAGGAAAGAUAUAUAUUUAGGUAAACCCGAUCCACUUAGUAGAGAAUUUCUUUGGGACGUAUGCAAUAUAUUUAAAGCAGCUCAAAUGGCAAUACAAACGCCUUUAGGAUAUACUCAAAAUAACUAUCAUCAAUUCCUAGAUAUUCUUUACAAAGAAUUACAAAAACAGCCUGAUGCUACAUGGUCCUUUUCAGUGUGUGUCGGUCAAAAAUAAUUAAUUUGAAACAUAGAGUGUGAAAAAAAAAGUAUAUGAUGUGUGUGCGUGUAUGUGUGUGGGGUAGCUGAAGUUUAAAGUGAUUUUUUUUUUCAACUACUACUAAAAAAAGUGAUAAUAAUAUCCACAUAAAAUAAUACAUCUUUAUUAUUACACAUAAUCUCUCUCUCUCUUUUUUUUUUUUGUAUAUUUAUAUUUUUUUUUUCUGUUCUUCUUU